GUUCUUCAUCGCGCUCUUCGAUACACUUUUUCGUAUAAUCAAUACGCAUUGAUUUCUGUUCUACACGCAUAACAAAGAAAAAAGGAGGUGGCUGACGCACGAAUAUGCUACAGAACCAGAUCGCGGGGCGUCACGGCUCCUACGCGACGCAGUUUUGGCGGUCGUCGGUGGCCCCGCACUACCGCAGCCGUGCGGCGAUGCGCGUCGCCGUAAGUCGCAAGGCGAUUAACCGACGUCUCGUCCUCCCGCUGGACAGCCACAACUGGAUGCGGUCGCUGGAGGUGCUGAACGCACGUUACGCGCGGCGGGGUCGCACCCCUGAGCACUACCAAGCUGUCGUGCGUGACAUGGUGGAGCACCACGGCGCUUAUGCCGAGCUGACAGCCAGCACGUCAGCUUCACCCACUACGAAUCUUUCCAACCCAGCUGCUGCUACUGCUGCUGAUUCCUCUGCUCUCACAGCACCCGUCGCUGCGGACGUUUUACCUGCCAUUGAUUCCCUGCGCGAUAAAGCCUACGCCGGCGAGAUCCCCUCCAACGCGUCCCUCUGGGUGACACUGGUGUGGGCUUACUGCACGCUGCAGCAGCCGCAGGUGGCCCUCGACACCUUCCACCAGGCACGACGGCGCUUUCGCUUUUCGCUGCUCACGCUGCAGCACAUGGCGGAGUUGCUGCUUCCUGUUCUGUGCCGCCAUGGAGAGUUAGAGGCGGCAACGGCGCUCUACGAGGAGCUGCUCCAGCCCUCCGUUGCAACGGAGGGGCGAGGGAACUCUCAGCAACCACCAUCGCCGCCGGUGCAACGCAGGCGCAGUGCCUUCGACGACACCGCGGCGCGGCGUUGGCUGGCUGAGGCGGCGGCGCGCCAGGGAGACCUGAGGAAGACGAAGGGGUUUGCUGCCGCUCCUGCGGAUGUGCAGCACGGCGCUAGCGAAGUGGAUUGUGCGAAGGAUGAAAUGGCCACCGAGAGUCGACACAGGCCCACCAUCAACUCGUUGUUUCACGAUGCAGAGAGCACAACCACCGAUGCGAAGAAGACAUCGUCCGCAUCGACGAAGCCGCAGAAGAGCCAGAGUGAGCCGCAACAACAGCAACUCACAAAGGCGACAAGAGCGCCAUAUUCCGCGAACUCGACUCUCCCUGUGCUGUCUCUGCUAAGUCCCGUGGCAGUGCGCCGUCUCUUUCAGUCUCUUUGCCGAGAAUCGAGCACGGCAGGCACUUCAGCAGCUGUACCGGGCGAAGCUGCGUCGCGUUACUUGACGGAUGCGGUGUCGUGUUGGGAGCACCUCUACGGUCUUCUUCCCACUGCGUCGGCGAGCAGCGAGGCAAGCAUCCGCAACGAUGUCUCCAGAAGUCUUCCACCUAAAAGAGCAACACCACCCAUUCAAGAUGUGCAUGAGCUGCUCAACCUCUACGCCUUCUACGGACGCUGGGAAGCCGUUCUUGACUUCUUCAGCGUUGCAUUUCUCCACCGCGCGUCCUCCACUUACCUCACCGCCGCUCCCAAAGACUUGGUGAGUUGGGCGGACGGUAUUGCUGCUGUGGCAGCCGCGGAGGAGGCGGAGGAGACUCUUUACAGGGACACAUCUGCCGCCUUGUUGUUUCCGUACGACGCUGAGCUCCCUCUCGAUGCGGUGACGCUGAAUCUCGUCUUUGCAUGUCUGCCCAAGGCGGCGGAUCCACUUCGCCUGUGUACCAGCACGACGACAAAAGAGCGGGGCGGUCAGGUACUCGCGCUGCCCGCGGCGGCACGUCCCGUCACUGUCGUGCGCCUCCUCGACGACCUGCUCACCUACCGAGAUGACAUGCAGCUGACCGAUGUGGUCAUGGCCGCUGUGGGGCCGGCGCUGUUGCAGGUGGGUCAACACGCACGUCUUUUCGAGUUGCUCGCGCGGACGCCGAUGAUGGUGCGCGCACGCGAGCGCAAAGCCGCGCUGCAGCUCUCCGCCUCUGCGCAGGAGCUGAAGUCUCUGUUGGCUUCACUGGGCUACGCCGCCUACGCGCUGUGCCGCAGUGAGGAGCGACGGCUUGAUAUGGUGCGCUGCAUGCCGCAUUUAUUUCCGCCGGAGGUGGUGCGACGCUUUGCUGCGAGCGCUGAAGCUGACGUCUCCUCCUCGUUGUCGCCGCAACGAAAGGGCGCCUGUGCUGCUUGUCUCCCAUUGGCAGUGUUGGAAGGUCCGGUGGUGGCCAUGUCAGGCGGCAACGCUCUCGCUUCUUCGAGAGUUGGUGAGAGCCCGUUCGUACCGUGUCUUGCUUCUACCCAGUCUGCAAGCGCCUCGAAGACGGCGGCGGCGGCGGCAAUGACCGCGACGUCGUUGCUGGAUCGGCGCUGGCAGCUCUUCACAGAACCCGCGCACUCGACACAAACUGGCGGGGCGCGGUUUCACGCAAGUGGGGCUGCCCACGCAACAAAGCGCCGCGCCGCGCACCGCAGCGGUCGGUCCAGCGCCACUCUCACCUCGCUCGCUGAGGACGCGAUGCGGCGCGAUUAUCUGCGUCUGCAGGACACGCGUCACGCCGCCUUCACUGGCAGCCACGCCGACGCUGACAGAGACCCGCGCCCAAUCCCGAAAGGACUGCACGACCAUGCCAGCGGCUGGGACUUCUUUGGGCGCGGCGGCGAGAAGGUCUUUGCAAAUCACAAGCGCACCCCGCACCCUCUCACGAUGCGGCCGAAGGUGAUGCGAGAUCUACGCAAUCCGUACCGAGGCUGGAACCCGCGCCGGAACAGCUCACUGGCGCACAAGGAGAACGUGGUCAAAUGGAACGGCAAGAGCGCUGUCUAA